GCCGCUCCCGAAGGUGGAAUUCCUCGAUUAGUUGUCUUACCGGCAAUUAGCGGAACCUGUUGGCGUGACCCCCACAAGGCUCAGCGGGGCUGCACGAGUCUAGUAGCUAAGCUAGGGGAGUUUCGGUCAACUGACACCAAGGCAACAGGAAAUUCCAGACCCCGCCAUGCCUCAUAUCGACAAUGACGUGAAACUAGACUUCAAGGAUGUUCUUUUGAGGCCAAAACGCAGCACCCUAAAGUCUCGAAGUGAGGUGGAUCUCACAAGAUCCUUUUCAUUUCGGAAUUCAAAGCAGAUGUACAAUGGCGUCCCGAUCAUUGCUGCUAAUAUGGAUACUGUAGGCACCUUUGAAAUGGCCAAGGUUCUUUGUAAGUUCUCCCUCUUCACUGCUGUCCAUAAACAUUACAGUCUUCAUCAGUGGCAAGAGUUUGCUGGCCAGAAUCCUGAUUGUCUUCAGUAUCUAGCUGCCAGUUCAGGGACCGGCUCUUCUGACUUUGAGCAACUGGAACAGAUCCUGGAAGCUAUUCCCCAGGUGAAAUAUAUAUGCCUAGAUGUGGCAAAUGGCUACUCUGAACACUUUGUUGAAUUUGUAAAGGAUGUACGGAAGCGCUUCCCUCAACACACCAUCAUGGCAGGGAAUGUGGUAACAGGAGAGAUGGUGGAAGAGUUGAUCCUCUCUGGGGCUGACAUCAUCAAAGUGGGAAUUGGGCCAGGCUCUGUGUGUACAACCCGGAAGAAAACUGGAGUGGGGUAUCCACAGCUCAGUGCAGUGAUGGAGUGUGCAGAUGCUGCUCAUGGCCUCAAAGGCCACAUCAUUUCAGAUGGAGGUUGCAGCUGCCCUGGGGAUGUGGCCAAAGCUUUUGGGGCAGGGGCUGACUUUGUGAUGCUCGGUGGCAUGCUGGCUGGGCACAGUGAGUCAGGUGGUGAGCUCAUCGAGAGGGAUGGCAAGAAGUACAAACUCUUCUAUGGAAUGAGUUCUGAAAUGGCCAUGAAGAAGUACGCUGGUGGCGUGGCAGAGUACAGGGCCUCAGAGGGAAAGACAGUAGAAGUCCCCUUUAAAGGGGAUGUGGAGCAUACCAUUCGUGACAUCCUAGGAGGGAUCCGAUCUACAUGCACCUAUGUGGGAGCAGCUAAGCUAAAGGAGUUGAGCCGGAGAACUACUUUCAUCCGAGUCACCCAGCAGAUGCCCAGAGCACUUACUGGGGAGGAAGUGAGGAAGAAUACAGUCUGAAAAUGAAGUAAGAUAAUCGAAUGGGUAUCUGGGGACCCAGCAUCCUGAAGAUGAAAAGAUACUGAUUAAAUCAUAAAUAUUCUAUAUGGCCUUGGUCUGGAUGGGGCAGGCUUUUGGAAUUAUGUCUUAUUAAUCAGCUUCAUUAAAUGAGAUCUUUAAAUAUCUAAAAAGCUCGGAAGUUUUUAUAUAUUUGAGAUAACUCAAUAAAAAGAGGUCUCACUAUAAAAGAGAUGCUAAGGCUUUCUGCACAAGGCUGACAUCUGGGUGUUGCUCCAAAGUAGGAAGGUAGUGAUUAGCAUUGACCCAGUGGUAUUAAAGACAGUAAGUAUUAUUCCCACGAAGUGUUUCCAUUCUAGUACCACCACCCCCAGGUGAAUUGGCAGCAUGAGAGUUUAUAAAAUAUAUUCCAGCAUUAGGCAUAUAUUUUCAGAACAAUAAAAAGACAUUUCUCUUCCAGGCUCUCAACUUCUGGGCACAUCUGAAUAACACUUUCUAAGGGAAGUAAAAUGGU